GACCAAACCUCUCCGUGUCUCUCCCCAGAUGUGCGAGAAGUUCACCGUCUGCCAGAACAGCGUGGAAGUGCUCCUCCGCAACAACCUCAACCUCCCCAAGGUGACGGAGGAAGAUGGGUGUCUGCUCGCCGGCUUCAAUGAGGAUAAAUGCUUGAGAAAAAUCUCCAGCGGGCUUUAUACAUUUCAGACAUACCUCAAAUACAUACAAGAAACCUUUACUAGUGAAAACCAAAAUGUUGAAUCGCUAUCCUAUAGUACAGCGCACCUGGCACGUACCAUAAGACGAAUGGUGAUCAAUCCCGAAGAAGUGAUCAUCCCAGAUGCAGCUACCCAGGAAUCUCUCCACACAAAGCUGAAGACCACUAAGGACUGGACAGAGAAAAUCACCAUCCAUCUCAUCCUCCGAGAUUUUACUUCAUUUAUGGAGAAGACAGUGAGGGCUGUGCGCUAUUUGAAAAACACCAGGAGUUUCAGUGUCUGAAUGUUUUAGUUCAGGCACAAUCCUUUUGUUACAAAUCUGUCAGGUGGCAGAU